AUGGAUCUAAGCCAGCCCGUAGAAGAAAACUAUGCCAAUCCCAAAACAUGCUUCUUUCACGUCCUCUUCAAGGCCUCGGCUUUGGCAUUUUACAUGCUUUCAACGCUGUUUGCGGAUAGUUUUGUUAUCAUCUUUGUGAUCACCGUCGUGCUUGCUGCACUUGAUUUUUGGGUGGUCAAGAAUGUUAGCGGCCGUAUCUUGGUGGGGCUUAGGUGGUGGAAUGAAAUAAAUGAGCAAGGUGAGAGCAUAUGGAGAUUUGAGUGCCUUGACCACGAGUCCUUAGCUCGUAUUAACCAAAAGGAUUCUUGGUUAUUUUGGUGGACAUUGUAUCUUAAUGCAGUUGCUUGGACCAUCUUUGGGAUAUUUUCAUUGGUUAGACUUGAAGUUGAUUAUCUCCUAGUUGUGGGAGUUUGUUUGAGCCUUGCCAUUGCCAAUAUCAUCGGAUUCACCAAAUGUCGUAAAGAUGCCAAGAACAAGAUUCAGGCGUUUGCCUCUAGGACCAUUGCUUCUCGUUUUUCAUCUACACUACAGUCAGCAUUUAGCUUGGUGUAA